GCAUUAGGAUCCAUGCUGACACGGUGACCUGGGAGCUCCCUGGGCCAGCCAGGACGUGUUACUUUAGGCAGAACAAAUUUGUAUCAGGUCAUGUCUCUUUGUUCCUGGCAGAGAGGGGUCACCUGCCCUCCUGCCCCUCCACCUCGGCAGUGCUUUGCCUAAUUCCUGUCCCUGCACUCCGGAACCUGCCACUCCCUCCGCACACACACGGCACGGCUUUGUGCCUGGCCCUACAUGCAUACGACACGGCUCCAAACUAGGGGUCAACAUCCAGGAACAAGGCCUUUGCUCUCUCCUAUUUGCCUCUUGCCCUCUUCGCCAGGACGAGCAUUGGGCUCUCCACUGUGUGCUCCUGAUUCCCCGGCACACUCUGCUGUUUACCAGAUCGAAGCGAACCGAGGGACCGGCCACGGUGAAGGCCACAGGUCUGUCGAGGGGCACCCACCCCUAUGCCAAACUGAGCAUCGUCCAGAAGCUGGGGCAGGCGCGGGUUGAAAUUUAACCUUCGGGAUCAGGGGGUUGGGUGAGGUUCUACAAAAAGAGGUAGGCUAACCCCAUUCCACGAUCGUCCAGACCAAAGUGAGAGCAGAGAGUAGGAAGAUCACCCUGUGUUUACGGGGCUCUGAGGGGAGCAGUUUGAAGAUGUUGAGGACCCCGGUGUUGGGCAGGAGCCUUUGGAAGUCAUCCGAUUUCUCCGUCUCCGUCAAGCGGAUGUGGGGGACCCCCCACAGUCAUCCGCUGAGGCCGGAGCGAAGGUGCUCACAGGGUCCUUGUGUGCAGAGAAGUCAGACUGAUACUGGGCACCCCCUCUGGAAGGGCCCCGUCUCUGUGCCGGGGGGCACCCGGCAGUCCCCCAUCAACAUCCGCUGGAGGGACAGCGUCUACGACCCGCGGCUGAAGCCUCUCAUGGUCUCCUACGCCGCGGAGAGCUGCCUCUACGUCUGGAAUACCGGUUACUUCUUCCAGGUGGACUUCGACGACUCCACUGAGGGGUCAGGGAUCAGCGGCGGCCCCUUGGAAAACCACUACAGGCUAAAGCAGUUCCACUUCCAUUGGGGAGCGGUGGACGCGUGGGGCUCGGAGCACACGGUGGAGGACCGCGCGUACCCAGCAGAGCUGCACCUGGUUCACUGGAAUGCUGCGAAAUACCGAAGUUACAAAGAAGCUAUGCUGGGGGAGAGUGGCCUGGCCGUGAUAGGCGUGUUCCUACAGCUGGGGGCCCACCGUGAGCCACUGCAGAAGUUGGUGGGAGUCUUGCCAGAAGUCAAGCAUAAGGGGGCGCAGGUGGCCAUGGGCCCCUUCCAGCCGUCCUGUCUGCUUCCCGCCUGCCGGGAUUACUGGACCUACCCGGGGUCCCUCACCACCCCUCCGCUAACCGAGUCGGUCACCUGGAUCAUCUUGAAGGAGCCCGUCCAAGUGGCUCAGAACCAGCACCUCCCCAGAGAGCUACCCCUCUCCUGCUACCACGUGUCCGAUGGAUGUGUGGGAAAGCGAGCGAGGGAGAGCAUGAAGCAGUGGGAAGUACUGGGAAGCGGCGUGGAACAGCACGGAGCAGUAUGGAACAGCAUGUUAAAGCAUGGAAGAGCACGGAGCAGUACGGAGUAGAAGGGAACAGCACGAGCCGACUUGGAACAGCAUGGACAGCUUGGAGCAGCCAGGUUCUUGGCGCUCACCACAGAAAGCAUCGUGUAGGGUGGUGAAUGACCUCCUCCUGGAGGUUUCUGAGGUACAGGAUUACAUUCUCGCCUCCCCACAUCUACCUUUCGGCCCUGAGUCCUUUCCCUGACCUGGUUUGUGUGUCAUCUGCCCAGCGACCGCCGUGCCUAAAAGGGAGAGGAAGAGCCAAGUGGCCUGAGCGAGGAGCUCUGAAAACCGUGGCUUCCCAGAACGUGGGUCUCUCCGGACUCUGCAGAAUCAUAAGAGUGACUCCCCGGGCACACACAUCAGCCCUAGCCCUGCUUCGUGCCGGGUCGUGGGGUGCGGGAUGAGGACAGGGCGGGAGCAAGUUCGGUGUGAGACUCAGCUUGUCCACGCGUCGACUACCCAAGCGUUCGGCGUGCGCGUCCGAGGCUAAGCCGUAGAAAUGCCCGGCCCCGAGCCCGUGGAAAUGUCAGCAUGCCUGUCAACAGGAAAAAAAGCUCUUCUGUUUCCGCCAUACUUAAGAUUAUGUUCACAGACUACUGCA